CAAUGUCUACUCAAACGAACCCUCACGACUACAACGCCAUAAGAAACGUGAUAUCACUCUACUGCAUCGCGCUGGACAACAAAGACUGGCCUCUGCUCGAACGAGUCUUUGAUAAAGACGUGGUUGCAAGAUAUCCUNUUAACGAUGAGCCUAUUCUAGGUGUCGAUGCUUUGAGCAAGAGAAUACAACAACGGCUAAAGCCAGUAACCACCCAACACGCAUUAACUACUCAACACCUACUCCUCGACAAAACCACAGCAAAGGCAACUACCUACUUCACCGGCGUGCAUUUGGGUAGAGGCAAAUGGGAAGGCCAGCAAGUAACUGCAUACGGAAAGUACGUUGACGAAUUGAUCUGCGUGUCUGCUAGUCAGGCGGGAAAUGUGGAAACGGAGGCAGGAGCGAGUGGUGUUUGGAAGAUCAAGAGCAGGACUGUGACAUUCUUUGGCAGGGUUGGUGAGGAAGGAGUAAUGACAGGGGAAGAA